AUGCUCCUUUCAGCACUCCUCCUCGCCCCUGCCGUCGCCGCACUCGCGACCCGCGGUCCCGACCGAAGCCACGUCCGGCGAGACUUCAUCUCGAACAACUGGUGCGGCCAGGUGCUGAGCGGCAACGCCAUCCGCGAGGUCUCUGCCUCCUGGGUCGGGAUCGACGGCGCCAGCGCAGAGUGCCAGGCCAUCCUCCAGGCGGGAACGUAUGCCCGGCUGAUGGACGAGCCUGUCGUCCGUCCAGGAGACACCGUCUUCGUGCAAGUCACAGCCCACAACAGCACCUCAGGCACAGCGUACAUGGAGAACCACACCACGGGCCAAAAGGUCACCAUCGCGCUCGACGCGCCGGCCGGCUCGUACCUAUGCGGCGCGGCGGCCGAGUGGAUCCAGGAGGACGCGGCCGGCGGCCUCGCGCCGUUCAACACCUUUUCGUUUAACGAGUGCCGCGCGACAGAGGCCAGCGGACACGCGCGCACCCUCGACGGCUCCGAGCGCUGGUUCCUCCGGCCCGCCGACCACACGCUGUGCUAUCCCUCGGACGUCUCGCGAGACUCGAUCCGGAUCAACUACAGCGGGCCCCUCGCAUAA